AUGGCCAACGGCGAUAGUUCCAAAAGAGGCUUUACCCACCUACUCUACUGGGCUGCAUCGGAACAUCUUUGCGCUUGCAGCGGUUGCGCCGAGACAGGUGUUUUGUUACGGAGCUGCAUGCUGAUGGACUCGACCGAGCAUCAUGUAGCCGUCUGCUGCGAGUACACAGCAGACGGCUACAUGCAUCAAAUGCCUCGUAACUCUCCAGAAUUGGGCCGGAUCCCUGAGAUGUCAGCCUCGAUUUCGCGCACGUCCAUUAACAUCUCAACCCAGCUCGUGGACGCGAACAGCGAUAACCCUCAGUCGGGCGAGGUUUUUUAUAUUGUCAUAGAGGGUGUUUGCUCUCGCAGCCUGAUCACCAUAAGAUGA